UACUGUGUGUUCCGCCGGAGCUGUGUGAUGCGGCGUGCUAUGUUUAGCCAUGGCGAUUCCCCUCCUCCGAUCCAUUCCUUUGCACCCCGAUAACAAGCACGAUGCGCUAUAGCUUCUCCCUCCUAUGGAUAGCACGGCGAUGCCUGAAACGGGAAAACGAGGAGAGCAGCUCCCCCUCCCUCCUCUCCCACCACCUCCGUUCCGGCCGCUCUGGAGGGCCGGCCCAUGUGGGUGAGGUGACGACGACGUACGCGGCGGCGAUCACCGGACCGGCGGCGGCCCACCGGCGGAGACGAUGAAGGGGAGGUCGCUGUUCAAGAGCCCUCUCCCCCGCAGCUACCUCUCCGACACCUCCAGCGCCUCGUCGGCCGCCGUCGCCACCCACCGCGUCUACCAAGUCUGGAGAGGAAAGAAUAGAUUCCUCUGCGGCGGUCGGCUCAUCUUCGGCCCGGACGCCAGGUCCAUCGUGCUCACGGUGGCGCUCAUCAUGACGCCGCUCGCGCUCUUCGUCGCCUUCGUCUCGUUCCGGGUCGCCGAUCUCAUCGGGAAGCCGCUCGGCACCGCCGUCCCGGCGACGGCCAUGGCUGUCGGCGUAUUCGACGUGGUGGUGCUGGUGCUGACGUCCGGGCGGGAUCCCGGGAUCAUCCCCCGCAACGCGCGGCCGCCGGAGCCCGACGACGCCGACAGCACGGCCUCCCCCGCCUCCGGCGGCCGCGCGCCGUCGUGGUCGCUCCCGCCGACGCGCGACGUGUACGUGAACGGCAUGGUGGUCAAGGUGAAGUACUGCCACACGUGCAUGCUCUACCGGCCGCCGCGCUGCUCCCACUGCUCCGUCUGCAACAACUGCGUCGACCGCUUCGACCACCACUGCCCCUGGGUCGGCCAGUGCAUCGGCCGGCGGAACUACCGCUUCUUCUUCAUGUUCAUCUCCUCGACCACGUUCCUAUGCCUCUACGUGUUCGGCUUCAGCUGGGUGAACCUGUUCCUGAUCUCGCGGCAGUACAGCGUGGGCCUCGGCGGCGCCGUCGCGGACUCGCCCGUGUCGGGGUUCCUCAUCGCCUACACCUUCGUCACCGCCUGGUUCGUCGGCGGGCUCACGGCGUUCCACUCCUACCUCGUCUGCACCAACCAGACCACGUACGAGAACUUCCGGUACCGGUACGAGGGGAAGGCCAACCCCUUCAACCGCGGCGCCGCCGCCAACGUCGCCGAGAUCUUCUUCUCGCCGAUCCCGCCGUCGAGGAUCGACUUCCGGGCCAAGGUCUCCCCCGCGGACCCCGACGCCGCCGCGCUCUACUACCUCGGCCCGCUCUCGUCCGAGUCCCGGAUCAGCUUCUACACCCGGGCCAGCCUCAGCUUCGACAUGGCCAAGGCCAGCUUCGACCUCAACUACUCCGCCAAGCGCACCAGCGUCGCGUCGUCCUCCGACUUCGGCGACAUCUACGGCCACCAGGUCUCGACGGCGCACCAGCAGCCGCGGCACUCCAUCUUCGACGGCCCGGGCAGGGGGAGCAGGAAGGUGGAGGAGGAGGCCGACGCGGUCACGGCGGAGCUCGGGGCGACCAUGCAGCAGUACGGCGCCGCCGCCGACCGGCCGCGCGGGAGGGAGUUCGAGGCGGUAUGAUCAGCGCAGGCAUGGCCGUUCUUGCGAAGGAGCAAACGACGUUCUUGCGAACGUGAUUUGCGCGCGUGUUUUUUUUUCGUGUGACGUGUACGUCCGUGUACGUAGCCUCAUAAGCUUCGUCGUCCUGUUUGGGAAUGGGGCGAUGGCUCGUAGCAUUCUUCUACUUGCUUGCUGCUGGUACACCGUAGUUCAAGGCGUCAUGUAUAUAUGUAUUUAUAGUUGUAUACACAUGUAUAUAUGUAUAUAUAGGCUGCCUAUGCACAUACAUGCAUACAUGAGUUGAUGCUUGGAAGUUGGAACCGAAUGCUAGUUUUAGGGGAUGCACCUUGCAAAGGAGAUGGGGUCGAGCCUCGAGCCCCUGGUGGGUGAGGAAUUGGAAUUCACUGAAUGGAUCUGUUUACUUGUUUGGAUCAUCUAGGGCUAAAUUUUAAUGCAGAUUAAA